AUGCGCAUCCGGAGUCACGUCCGUGUUCAAGAUUUGGCGCAAGGUUUGGCAGCCAAUCUCCAGCCGGAUAUCCCGCGAGUUGCUCGACGUGGCUUUGGAGUUGGUAGUGUUUGA